AUGACAGAGCCUUCCGGUCAGUCAUCGGAGCCGGAGCGGCCCUCCACCGCAGUUGUCCGGGACUCCCGCCCGCGUUCUUCCCACGACAGCAGUAGCCAUGACGACCAGCGCGAGGCCCUCGAACUGCACGAGAUCCAGACCCGCGAGGACGACGAGUUGGAUUAUUCCUCGCCGUCUGCUUCGUCAGGCGAGGAGUACCGACAACCACCCUCUCGCCGCAUCGUAUCGCAUGCCAGCAUUCGACAGGCCCGUGAAUCGCGGAAGGGGCUUUGGGGCAAAAUUACCCGCUUCUGGACACGACAUGUUACAUUAACUGUGUCACAGAAAAGUAAUCGAGAUCAUUUUGCUCUGGAGCGAACGUUCUUGGCCUACGUUCGUACAUCGACAGUCAUUGCUAUGCAAGGCGUGCUUAUCGCGCAGCUUUUUCGCCUGCAGCAGAGCAAAUCGCAACAGAACAGUUUGCGAUUUGAACAAGUCGGUAUUCCAUUAUCUGUCGCCUGCCACUGCGUCGCUCUUCUGGUGGCCUUGAUUGGUGCCUAUCGGUUUUGGAAGCAACAGAGUGCUGUUGCAUUAGGCAAGAUCCAUGCCGGCGGAUGGGAAGUAAAUAUGGUGGGGAUAUUAUUGUUUUUGGUUAUUACGACGACCUUGGUUCUUUCAAUUGCCAUUGUGGUCGAACUCGAUGCCGCAGCCCCUUCAUUAAUCGGCCGUCUAAUGCGCUGGUGA